AACCCAUUAUGCGCUGGGGACAGGCAGGGUCUCUUUAAGGCCUCGCUGCGCCUGCGCCUUGGGCUUUCCUGACGCGGCUGGAGCGGGGAGGAACCCGCGGGCUGUCCAGAGCGCUGGGCUCGGGUGCAAGUGGACACCGAGAGACAGAGAGAGACGCGGCGCCCCCCGCACAGGGGUGGGGGUGGCGGUGGCCCCAGGUCUCCCGAGCGCGCGCGGCGCGGAGCGGCACCGGAGGGCGGCGCGGAGGGUCGGCGGCGCGGCUGCCGGCUGCAUGGGAAGUUCAUGUUGACGGCCGAGUCCACCCGACGUUUCCAAGGUGGCGACAGACAAGGUUGCAGAAAAGCUGAGUUCUACUCUCUCAUGGGUGAAGAACACCGUAUCACACACAGUCAGUCAGAUGGCCAGUCAGGUCGCGAGUCCAUCUCCGUCAUUACAUACCACUUCCUCUUCCACCACACUGUCCACACCAGCCCUUUCUCCGGCUUCCCCCUCCCAGCUGAGUCCAGAUGACUUAGAACUGCUGGCUAAACUGGAGGAACAAAAUAGACUGUUAGAGACGGAUAGUAAGUCUUUAAGAUCUGUAAAUGGGUCCAGAAGAAACAGUGGCUCCUCCCUUGUGUCAAGUUCAUCCGCUUCCAGCAACCUCAGCCAUCUUGAAGAAGACUCUUGGAUUCUUUGGGGAAGAAUUGUUAACGAAUGGGAAGAUGUACGCAAAAAGAAGGAAAAGCAAGUUAAGGAGCUUGUUCGUAAAGGGAUACCUCACCACUUUAGAGCAAUAGUUUGGCAACUUUUAUGCAAUGCACAAAGCAUGCCAAUUAAGGAUCAGUAUUCAGAACUACUGAAAAUGACCUCACCUUGUGAAAAAUUGAUCCGAAGGGAUAUUGCUAGAACUUACCCUGAACAUAAUUUUUUUAAGGAAAAGGAUAGCCUUGGACAGGAGGUUUUAUUUAAUGUAAUGAAGGCUUAUUCUUUAGUGGAUCGUGAAGUUGGUUACUGUCAAGGAAGUGCAUUUAUAGUUGGAUUGCUGCUAAUGCAGAUGCCAGAAGAAGAAGCUUUCUGUGUAUUUGUUAAAUUAAUGCAAGACUAUAGACUUCGUGAACUUUUUAAACCAAGCAUGGCAGAAUUGGGCCUUUGUAUGUACCAGUUUGAGUGCAUGAUACAGGAGCAUCUUCCAGAGCUCUUUGUACAUUUUCAGUCUCAAAGUUUUCAUACCUCAAUGUAUGCGUCAUCCUGGUUUCUGACUAUCUUUCUUACAACAUUUCCACUACCAAUUGCAACAAGGAUAUUUGAUAUCUUUAUGUCUGAAGGUUUAGAAAUAGUAUUUCGGGUAGGAUUAGCGCUUCUUCAAAUGAAUCAGACAGAACUGAUGCAACUUGACAUGGAAGGAAUGUUACAGCACUUUCAGAAGGUCGUUCCACAUCAGUUUGAUGGGGGUCCAGACAAAUUAAUCCAGGCAGCUUACCAAGUCAAAUACAAUUCCAAAAAAAUGAAAAAGCUUGAAAAGGAAUACACUACAAUAAAAACUAAAGAAAUGGAAGAGCAAGUUGAAAUUAAAAGGUUACGAACAGAAAAUAGACUUUUAAAACAACGCAUUGAAACAUUAGAAAAAGAAAGUGCUUCCUUGGCAGAUAGAUUGAUACAGGGACAAGUGACAAGAGCCCAGGAGGCUGAGGAAAACUACCUCAUAAAACGGGAGUUGGCCACCAUCAAACAGCAGAGUGAUGAGGCCAGUGCUAAACUGGAGCAUGCUGAGAGUACCAUCAGGAAGCUCCAGCACCAGCAACAAUGGCAUAAAUGCAGUUCCAACUACAAUGAAGAUUUUGUACUACAACUAGAAAAGGAACUGGUCCAAGCCCGCUUGAGUGAAGCUGAGUCUCAAUGUGCACUAAAGGAGAUGCAAGAUAAAGUUCUGGAUAUUGAGAAGAGGAACAAUUCUUUUCCUGACGAGAAUAACAUUGCAAGGCUUCAGGAAGAACUCAUUGCUGUGAAACUGAGAGAAGCAGAAGCUAUUAUGGGCUUGAAAGAACUAAGACAGCAAGUCAAGGAUUUAGAGGAACACUGGCAGCGCCACUUGGCUCGUACUUCUGGCAGAUGGAAAGACCCACCCAAAAAAAAUGCUGUGAAUGAAUUACAAGAUGAACUGAUGACCAUUCGGCUUCGAGAAGCUGAAACACAGGCAGAAAUAAAAGAAAUAAAACAAAGGAUGAUGGAAAUGGAAACACAGAACCAGAUCAAUAGUAACCAUCUUCGAAGAGCAGAACAAGAAGUUGUCAGUCUGCAGGAGAAAGUACAGUAUCUUUCCGCACAGAACAAAGGGCUGCUUACUCAGUUAAGUGAAGCAAAGCGAAAACAAGCAGAGAUUGAAUGCAAGAACAAGGAAGAAGUGAUGGCUGUAAGGCUCCGGGAAGCAGACAGCAUUGCUGCCGUGGCAGAACUGCAACAGCAUAUCGCUGAGCUUGAAAUCCAGAAAGAAGAAGGAAAGCUUCAAGGACAGCUUAAUAAGUCUGAUUCUAACCAGUAUAUUAGGGAACUAAAAGAUCAGAUAGCAGAGCUGAAUCAUGAGCUCAGAUGCCUGAAAGGCCAGAGGGGCUUCUCAGGACAACCCUCUUUUGAUGGAAUCCACAUUGUCAACCAUUUAAUAGAUGAUGAAUCAUUGCAUUCCUCUGAUGAAGAUUUUAUAGAUAACUCCUUGCGGGAAAGUGGCGUUGGUUUUCCUUUGCACAGAAAAUCUGCCCCUGUGUCUUUGGACCCUGUGGUUGCUGAUGACAGUGGAAGCGAACCAGAAGACAGUGUGCUGGAGACCAGAGAAAGUGACCCCGUGGUGCAGAAGGAGUGGCCUUCAAGAAGAGAGUCAUACUCAACCACUGUCUGACAUCACUGUGACCUAGACUGUGGAUUUGGAUUUGUUCAAGGGAUCAACUCUCUUAUGAUUAAGGGUUUUUGGAAGACAUCUGUUUCAUAUGUAAAUAUAUAUAUAUAUGAACAUAUAUAUAUUUUACUAUUUUAUCUGCCUUUUUAUCUUUGCCAAAUCUUCACCACUGACUUAACCAUUGCCAUAAAGUAGGCAAGAGUAUGGUUAACUGGGGAGGGGCGGGAAUAAGGAUCUAACAGUAUUACUGAAUAUUAGUGUGUCUUGUUUAGAAAAUACAAUUAGAUCUACAUGUGAGAACCAUUUUGAAGCUCAGACCUAUGGAAAAUUGAAUUUUCUUCAGAUAAACUGCUCUUGUGCAAUAUUUUAUGCUCAGUGAACAAAUUGUAUAUUUAUUUUCGUCAGUUUGUUUUCAGGGCAGCUGUCAGCAAACAUUUAUUCAAGACAUCAACCUUGCGUUUGUGUUUUGUGUUUGGGAAUUUUUUUCCAUUAAAAUGACUAGUUCCCAAACACAAAGCUUUUUAUUUUUUUCAUAUAAUUUUAUAAACAACGAUUGUGUGUCUUAAGAGUUUUUAAGUUUCACUAUAAUUUCAAACUUUUAUGUGCAUAUUAUACUUCAUGUAUAACCCUACCAAUCAGAGUUGUAGGUUGCAAAUAAAGUUUUUUUGUACAUAUUUAUAAAUCUGCCAUUACCCCACACUGAACAUCAUUUUAUAUGAAGAAAUAUACCAGUUGCAAAAUAACUGCCUUCAUCUUAAAAGGAUUUUUGUAAAUAAUAGAUUAAAAGAAAAUUAAAAAUAAAACCAAACACUAAUAUUUUAAUAGCAUUAGUAUUUUGCUAGCUUCAGCACUAGCAGAUUUAUAACAUAAUUGAUGCUUGUUCAAAAACACUAUUGAAGAAAAUUUUAUUUCAUGACUAUCACUAAAUUUUUCAUGAUUAAAGAAUAGCACAUACAUAGUGCUAAUAUUCUAUGUAAUGUAAGUAAAACAUUGGACUGAAGUUUAUGAUCCACAGUCAUAUUUCAAGUAGCCCACAAACAUUAUCUUUCAUAUUGUCUAGUUACCAAUCUAUACAUAAAGCCAUAAGAAAUCUUUACUCCCCCCCCCCCAUUUUUUUUUUAAUCAUCUGGACUUUUCCCUGAGAAAAUAAUAUGCCUGUCAUUGAUAAGUUGGAAGAGCCACCCAAAUUAAAUUCACUCUAUGGAAAGACAAGAAGAAUGUGCUAACUGAAUGUCUUUUACUCUCAUUUUUAUCAACAACCUAUGGACAAAAACUAGCCUUGAAAAUAUACAAAGAAGGUAUAUAGGGAUGUACAAUAUUACACAAUAUAUUUCAUGUGGAAAAAAAUUUUAUAUGAUGAAAUGGAGUAGGUGAGCCAAAAAUAGUUUUCUAGAACCAGGAGUUAAGCCUUACUGAAAAAUCUGAUCCUAGUUGAAUUACUGGUCCUAGAAUUUACUAGAACCAGUAAACUCUUUGUAGUUGUUUUCUUGAGAAAUAAGAUUAAAAAUCUGCCUGCUGUGUCUGUAGUACCAGACUGAAUUUACAUGGUUAAGUUGUCCACUUGUGGUCAUUAACUGAAAAAUGCCAGAGACAAGAUUUACUUAUAUUUUUGACAGUGCCAGGAAUUGAACCCAGGGCCUCAUGCUUGCAAGGAGAGUGCUUUUCUACGGAACCAUAUCCCUGGCCAAGAUUUAAAUCCAGAUCUCUCUAACACCAAAGCAUUUGAAAUGGUUCAGCUAAUAAAUUUCUCAGUUCCCCACUUUUUUUAAUUAAAUGAAUUUGAUUUAAGUGUGUUUUUGAUGCACAUAUAGAUAUCUAUAAAAAUAUGCACACAAACCAAUAUUCUUAAACUCUUGUGUAGCUCGUGAGUGUAAAACACUGCUCCGAAUAUUGUCUGACAAGCCCUUUAUGACUUUUCUUUUAGAACUUUUAUUGCUGUCAACCUAGCGCCUGUUGAUGCUCAGGUGACAAGAAUAGUUGGAAGAAAAAAAAUACAAAUCAUUGGUGUUAUAUGAAAAUCAAAUGAGAUUCAGAUUAAAGUGUCAGUUUUAUGCUCCAUUUAGAUUGUAGAUGACUGCGUUUGUGGGACAGUGGCAGAGUGGCUCCCCUAGCUUAAAAUAUCUCCACUCUAGCACUUUAGAGAGUGGCAAAGGUUCCUGAGCUUUGGUUUAGAAACUUUAAAAUAUAGCUUUAUUUAUUCAGUUUGUCUUAGAAGAUCUAACUAUCCACUGUUACUGUUGAGCUAGUGGUUUGGAAGACGCCCUACCCGCUGUGCUAUCUCUCCAGCCCCUGGAAGUCUAAAAUUUCGUUGGGGCCAGAAAGGUAGCAUAUAACAUAUAACUUGCCUUUAUGCAGAUGACCUGGGUUCAAUCCCUGGCACCACAUAUUUUUCCCCCAGCCCUACUGGGAGAGAUUUCUGAACACAAACCAAGGAACAAUCCCUGAGCACCACUUUUGUGGCUCCCAAAUGUAGCUGCUUUAUAUCAUAAAAUCAUUGAUGCCAUAGACAAACUUGGAAGGUUAUCUUUAUCUUUGGAAAUGGGGAAAAAACUCAAAAUAUUUUUUAAAGCAGUGGUUUCCAACCACUUUUCACAGGCUUAAGGUUGAGAAAGUCUGAUAUCAACCACUAUGGUUAAUUGUUGGUCAGUGUUUGGACAGUGCCAGUCCUCAGGUGUUUAAAAGUUGGAUCCCGUGGUUUUAAAGCAUACAUCGUUGAUGUUUAGCAUAUGCUUUACUGUGUCAGUGUUACUUAUCAUUGACAUUAGAACUGAAACCGCUUUCUUGAAUUAUGUUUGAAUCAUAAACUGAAAGACAUUCUUAAAGAGUUCCUUAAAUGCUGUACUUGUUAGGUGGUAAAAAGUGGUAAAAAUUGGUUGACAUUUGAACUAUUAAAUGAGACUUAAUAUUCACAUUCAAGAUCUUUAAUUUAAAUACUUUUAGGAAGGAUUUAUAAUCUUCCUGGAAAAUAAAGUCAAGAUAUAACUAUACAGCCUCUAUUCUUUUUUCAUAGUAUUAGGCCCUCAGAGUCUGAUGAUGAAUUGAGACAUCAAGUCCCAACCGACUGGCCAGCAAUUUUGGAAUAACUUUUCUUAGUGCUUGAAAAUAAUGCAGCUGGUUACUCUCCAGUUAGUGCCUUUGACUGAAAACAAGGUCUAGACCUUUUUUAAUUUUUUAUUUUUAACAUCAUAACAAAUUAUUUGGUUCAUUCUUUACUCUUUUACGUCUUUUACAUAAUGCACUAUAAUUUUUAAAUUUAAAGGAAAUUAAGAGAAUUGUGUUUUGAUAAGGCCCUUCCAAGGUCAGUUUGCUGUUGUGUAGUACCAUACCUAACAUGUUUCUACAUUUUAAUUUAAUUCUUUCCAUCAAAAUUAAAACUUCUGGUAAAAGUGGAAUGGAUUCUUGUAACCCAAGAUUUUACAGCACAUCCAUUUACUCGAAGGAUAUGAUAAAAUAAUACAUUAGAAUAACUGUAAAGAAGCAAAAUUAUAAUGUAUUACAUUUGCUCUUGGAAUUUCUUUUUAUAACAUUGUAUAAUAAUCCAAGAUGUUUACUUGUGCCUUUGCUUUAAACAAUUAAAGUUUUUCCAUUUUA